UCAUUCUCAUUCUCCUCCUGAGCAAACUUUUCUAAUUCCCCUCUGCUCCAAAUUCUUAAAUGACUCCAACCCAACGCCGUCCCUUAUCCUUUCCAGCAGUCCACCCCUGCAAAUCCAUCUCUGCUUCAACCCUCUUAACUUCCCUCAUCACUCUCUCACAAAACAUAUGCACUUUUCAACCAAAUACCUUCCCUACUCAAAAACCAUACGCCAGAGAAACAAAACGCCAAAUCCAAAUUCUUCUCAUAUUCUUCCAAGACCUUCAAUCACAUAACUCUUUCAUCCCCCAACCAAUCAUUCCUGUCUUCUCCGAACUUCACUUCACACUACAAAAAAUUCACUUCUUAUUCCAAGAUUGUUCAAUUCAAGGCACAGGUCUCUUGUUGCUCGUCAAAUACCAAUUCGUUGCCACACAGUUUUAUCUUCUCAUAUGCUCAGUCUCAAAAUCUCUUGACGCGUUACCCCUUAAUCUCAUCGAUGUAUGCGAUGAGGUUAAAGAGGUAAUUCAAUUACUAACCAAACAAGCUAGACAUAUCCAGCUGGAACUUGAUCAUAAUGAUGAAUACACAGCCAAAAGCGUCAACUCAAUUUUGAAUCAAUUCGAACUAGGAAUUGAACCUGAUGUAGAUUCCAUCAAACAAGUACUUGAUUAUCUUGAAAUCAAAACUUGGUUUGAUUGUAACAGAGAAAUCAAAUUCCUCCAAGACGAAGAACUAGAGAAACAUCAAUAUCAAGAGAAAGAGAUUCAUUUGUUGAGUGGUUUAAUAGGUUUUUUGUGCUAUUGUCGUGUGAUAAUAUUCGAAACACUAGAUUUUCAAUUUCAACUGCUAAGCCAUAACAAAACUGAAACCAGGUGCACAGCAGAGAUGUUAAACUACAUAACACCGGAUGAUUACCGUUGUCCGAUUUCUCUGGAACUAAUGACAGAUCCUGUAACUGUUUCCACUGGCCAAACAUACAACAGAACCUCAAUUCAAAAAUGGUUUAAAGCAGGAAACAUGACAUGUCCAAAAACAGGAGAAAGACUCAUUUCCACUGAGCUUUUUCCCAACACAGCACUUAAAACACUUAUCCAACAGUUCUGUUAUGAUAACAAAAUUUCAGUUUCAACAUCCAAGCUCCACAUCAGCAAACCUGCAUCCACGGUUAAUCCCGGUAGUCCAGCUGCAGCACAUGCAAUACAAUUCACGUCAUGGUCAUUAGCCCGGAGACUAGUUUUCGGAACAGAGGAACAGAAAAACAAAGCAGCUUAUGAGAUUCGUUUACUCGCGAAAUCAAAUGUUUUCAACACGGCAUGUUUGGUUGAAAUUGGAACUGUGCCACCGUUGAUUGAUCUUGUUCUAACUUCAACAACGCAAGAGAACGCAAUUGCUGCUCUUUUGAAGCUUUCGAAGCAUACUAAUGGCCGCGAAGUUAUCAUGGAGAGUAGAGGUUUAAAACCUAUUGUUACAGUUCUCAGAAAAGGAUUUAGUUUAGAAGCCCGUCGAGUUGCAGCUGGUAUAAUAUUUUACCUCACUUCAGUGAAAGAGUACAGAAAAUUAAUAGGCGAAAAUUCAGAGGCAGUUUCUGGUUUAGUUGAAUUGAUAAAGAAAGGAACAAUUCGAGGAAAAAAGAACGCGGUGCUUGCAAUUUUCGGGUUGUUAUUGCUUCAUAAGAAUCAUUCUAAGGUACUUAACUCUGGUGUUGUUCCGGCUAUUGUUAAAGUUUUAGGUUCUUCGGAUAAAGGUUAUGUUGUUAAUGAUUGUUUAGCGGUUUUGGUAGCAUUGGCGGAGAAUGUGGAUGGUGCUCGUGCUGUAUUAGAAUGCUCGGGUUUGUCAUUGGUUAUUGGGAUUUUGCAAUCUGCAAAUUCGCGUGCGGAGAAGGAGUACUGUGUUUCCAUUUUGGUUUCACUAUGUGUUAAUGUUGGUGGAGAGGUUGUUAGUGUUUUGGCGAAGCAUGCUUCGGGGAUUAUGCCUUUGCUUUAUGCAAAUCUUACCGAUGGUACUCCUCAAGCGGAGAAGAAAGCGCGGAAACUUAUUAAUGUCUUGCAAGAAUUUGAUGAGAAGAGGACUUUGGGAAUGGUGCUGGUUAUUUGCUUGAUGUCAGGUGUUGGUUCAUGUGGGUGUUGUUGUUGCUGUUGCAUAUAAUAAUGACUGAAAUCUUCUCUGCACUACAACUACGACGUUGCUAAUUUUUUCGGGCAACAUAAUUUAUGCUGAAACAAAUGAGUAUGCUAGUGUGUGAAUUGGGAUGGCAAUUGGCCCGAGAUUCGAUGGAUAUCCGUAAUGGGUGGGGUAAAACCAUCUUUUAUGGGUUCGGAUAUUACCCGUAAAUUUUAAUGGAUACGAGUAAGAGUAAUAUACUACCCAACCUCGCAAUCCGCAUAUAUAUAUUUAUAUAAUAUGAUAAAUAAUUUAUUUAA